GGCGCGGAAAAUGGCGGCUGGGGAGACGAUGGCGGCGUCGAUGUCGCUGUCGCUGGCGGGGUCGCGGUCGGGAGCGGCGGAGACGGAGACGGAGACGGAGACGCUCUGGUGAUGUUCCCCGGCACAAACGGCGCUGAAACGCCCGAUGACAUUUAAAAAAACCCAUUUGAAGCCCCAGUGUUUCUUCUCCCCCUCGGCGACUCGACCAUCACCAUGGGCAACUGCUUCAAGUCGCAGGCGGGCGACGACAUCUCGCUGCUGAAUGACUCGGCGAGUUACGCCGGAGAGGGAGCGGGCGGCGGGAUCGCCGGGCCUGGGGCCAGAGGCAGAGGCAGAGCCGGCCCGGGGCCGAUGCACAGGCCGCCCGCCGCCGCUUCACCACCCCAGCAGGAACAAGCACAAAUUCCAGUUUAUCACCCAACGCCGAGUCAAACCCGUCUGGCCACACAGUUGACGGAGGAAGAGCAGAUCCGAAUAGCACAGAGACUGGGUCUAAUCCAACACCUUCCCAAGGGCAGCUUCAACUGCGGACGAGAACCCCAGAACAAGAAGGCCAAGGAGUGCGUGAUCUGUAUGAUGGACUUUGUCUUCGGGGACCCCAUCCGGUUUUUGCCGUGCAUGCACAUCUACCACAUGGAAUGCAUUGACGAGUGGCUCAUGCGGUCGUUCACCUGCCCCACGUGCAUGGAACCCGUCGAUGCGGCCUUGCUGGCAUCCUACGAGACCAACUGACCUGGCUCGGCCGUUGCCAAUUGCCCCUGCACUUUGAAUGUUGCGCUGCCAAAAGGAAAGAAGACUGGGGCGGGGCAGGUGUGGGGGGGACUUGGGGGUGAUAACAGAGGGAAAUCUCCCACUCACUCAGACCAAAGAACUAUCCCAUCCACCCCCCACCUCCCUGCCCCCUCUCUUCACCCCAUCCAUAAAAUCAACCAGAGCUUUUGUUUGAACCAGAUCGUACAUUUUACCAGCUGAAGAUGCUGCGAUUUGGCCAAAUGUUUUACUUAACACUGACCAGCAGAGAGGAAAGUGAUUAAAAGCAGAGUGAAGGCAGGAGUCCCACUCAAAAAA